AUGGCACCAGGGUGCAGCCAUAUCCUCUCUCACGGACUUCAGCAACCAGUUCCUCAUAACGAAACAACUUUCUUUCAUGAACCUCUCCAAUCCCUUCUUCCCAUGAUACUAUCUGGUCUCAGAUCAGACACAAUGACCUCCACAGGCAGUGUAGCAUCAACCAACACUCUCUACAUCCUUGAGUUUUCCAAUCUGGUCUUCUGCCUUCUGUCUGUCGCACAUUCCUUCAGGAAGGCUACCGUUCGCAGGUCCAACGAGGGUAUGCUAGCAUUUCUUGCAGCUGCUUCCACGACCUCCAGAACCAAGUUAUGUCUGAAGGUGCACCAGCCAUUCUGUAGCGCCUUCGGGCAGGUUGACAUCGCUACGUCGACCCCUACCCUCACCACUCCCGAGACCCCCUGCUGCGAAAUCGCAAUCGUUCAAAUUCUGUCUUCAUCAAAUGGCCAGAUAAGAUUUCAAAGUAACGGAAGAUGUAUUGCCACAAAGUGGCGCCAAACUGCAACGCAAAUCCAUUUUCACAUGCAUGCACACUGGGCAUGCACGUGCUGUGAUACGGUGGGGAACAGUCUCUAUCUCUCUCUCUCUUUCUAUCUAUCUAUCUAUCUAUCUAUCUAUCUAUCUAUCUAUCUAUCUAUCCUUUACCUGGAUACGAGUCGUUCCUUUAUAUUGUUAACUCAGGUCAUACCAAAAUGGAGUAUAGUCGCCUGCCUGCCUGCCUAUCUAUCCAUCUAUCUAUCUAUCUAUCUAUCUAUCUAUCUAUCUAUCUAUCUAUCUUUUUUAUCUAUCUAUCUCGGUCUGAUCACAUCAAUCUUUCUUGCCUUCUUUCUUUCUUUGUUUCUUUCUUUCAUCUAUCUAUCUAUCUAUCUAUCUCGGUCUAUUCACAUCAAUCUUUCUUGCCUUCUUUCUUUCAUCUAUCUAUCUAUCUAUCUCGGUCUGUUCACAUCAAUCUUUCUUGCCUUCUUUCUUUCUUUCUUUUAUCUAUAUAUCUAUCUAUCUAUCUAUCUAUCUAUCUAUCUAUCUAUCUAUCUAUCUAUCUAUUUUCCACUUUAUAACACCUUCCGCACAGAGAAAUCAUAG